AUGCAUAUAUUGAAGUUUCCCUGGCUGACGCAUUCGGAGGAAAACCGCAAAUACGAGGUGUUUUCCGUGUCUGUGGCUCCAGACGGCGAGCGGCUAGCAUCUGGCGGCUUGGACGGCAAGGUGAGGAUCUGGUCGGUGGACACUUUGAAAAAGUACGAGAAACAGGUUUCGGAACAAGAAUCACCCAAUGAUCUUGUUGAGGAGUCUGACGAGGAGGUUCGAACGAACGACGUGGCAUUGGACCAGAAUCUGUGUCGGCCUUUGUGUUCGAUGGGCCGGCACACGGGAGCAGUGACGUGUGUUCGGUUCAGUCCUACUGGACGAUUUCUUGCGAGUGGGUCGGACGACAAGGUUGUUUUGAUUUGGGAGAAGGACGAGGAAAAAACGCGCAUUAUGGCACAAAACAUGGAACAGCGGCUCCAAUUUGGCACGGAUCUCGAAACCACCGAUUUGGAGCAUUGGACAGUGCGAAAAAGACUGGUGGCUCACGAUAAUGAUAUCCAAGACAUGGCGUGGGCGCCAGACUCGUCGAUUCUCGUCACUGUUGGACUGGACAGAUCUAUCAUCGUUUGGUCGGGAGUGACUUUUGAGAAAAUCAAGCGGUUUGACAUCCAUCAGUCGCACGUUAAAGGUGUGGUGUUUGAUCCGGCAAAUAAAUAUUUUGCAACCUGUUCUGACGACAGAACGUUGCGGAUCUUCAGAUACCAUCGCUCGUCGCCAACAGAGAUGAGUUUCACCGUGGAGUCGGUGAUCAAAGAGCCGUUUCGCAAAACGCCGCUCACGACGUAUUUUAGACGAACUUCUUGGUCUCCAGACGGACAGAACAUUGCAUCUCCAAACGCCAUCAACGGCGGGUUGUGCUCGGUUGCCAUUAUAGAGCGAGGCAACUGGGCCACAGAUAUCAGUCUGAUUGGCCACGACGCGCCGUGCGAGGUGUGUCUUUUCUCUCCGCGACUGUACGAAGUCGAUACAGGAACGAAGCAGGACAAGGAGCCUGAAAUCUCCACGGUACUGGUCACUGCGGGACAGGAUCGCACGCUGGUGAUCUGGAGCACGAGUGCGGCCACGCCGCUGGUGGUUGCUGCCGACGUUUCGUUGAACACGAUCACCGAUCUCGCAUGGAACCCGACUGGCGACGUGCUAUUUCUGUCUUCUCUCGAUGGAUCGAUCACGUCUGUUUUCUUUGACGAGAACGAGCUGGGUAAACCCAUUCCGCUGGACCAACACGACAACGUGCUGAACAAGUACGGUGCCGAUAGAGACAGCAUGGUGUUCCCGGAAAGCAUAGACCAGUUGAAGCUGGAGGAGAAGGCCGAGGCCGUGCUAAAGUCGCGGCCGUUCACCGGGAAACUGGACCGGCUGAUGGAGAAGAUGGAGUCGAUGGAGCCGAUGGGUCAGCUGGGCCAGCUGGGCCAGACAGAGCAGAAACCGCAGGCUGCUCCGCAAAUCAACAUGCUUGUUCCGCGGUCGAAAAAGCAUCCAGAAAAAGUGAUGCCGACGGUGAAGACGAAACCUGUUGCUGCGAAGCCCAAGGUGAACGUUCUGACUCCGAGCUCGCAGAAAGUUACGGUGACCAAGUCAGGAAAGAAACGAGUGGCUCCGAUGCUGAUUUCAGGGUCUGAGCCCGUGCAGAACCUGCCGAAACCGGUCGCUAUGCCUAAACCACCCAAACAUCGGUCGCAGUUCUCGGAGCCUGCCGUCAAGAUUCCCCGGCUGGGGCUGCAUACGCUGGUUUCGAGUCUGCGGGACAAUAUCAUCAGCGAAGCUCCUGUUGGCGACACAGAGAACGAGAACGACAUCGACCACAUUGCCGAGAUCAACAACGCGCCAAAGAAGCCUGUCUCUGUGCGGUCGUCGUCGGCAAAGCGCAAGCGGGAGAUCGAGACUCCGCAGUACCUGGCUCCGUCGAUGGUCACUCCUGCCACCAUUUUCACAGACAUGAGAGCGCAGCCGCACGUUUUGAUGGAGUUCAAGGGUGACGACCUCACCAACGGCGAGGUGAUGGAGAUCAGAAACCAAGGAGAUGACGACGCCGAGGAAGAGGUGGACUUUGACGAUUUGGAAGAGUUCAACUCGCUCAAUAAGCUCAGAGUGCUCAAUUCCAAGGAGAAGCUCACCACGUUUGAGUUUUUCUACAACCACAAGUUCACCAACAUGUGCAGCUCGUCGUACACGGAGUCUGAGGGCCGGAGUAUUGAUUUCUGGGCGGUCUCGACCGACACGGGGCUGAUUUUCAUUUUGUCAGAGUCGGGCCGCCAGCUCGUGCCGCCGUUCCAGCUGGGAACCAACCUGACUCAUCUGUUGGGUCAUCAGCAGUAUGUGCUGGCCGUCACAUCGUCGGGACUGUUCUACAGCUGGGACAUCCGCCAAAGACAGAGUAUUUUGGCCGGUGUCUCGGUGUCUCCGAUCAUCAACCAGUUUUCGGAGCUGGACCCGAAAAAACGGUUCGAGAACACGCUCAAGGUGACUGCGGUGUCUGUGAACUCAAAGGGAUGGCCCAUUGUGUCGCUGAGCAACGAAAACGUGUACUUGUACUCGCCGGAGCUGGAAGCCUGGAUCAACAUUAUGGACCCCUGGUACUUCAAAAACGCCGCACAGGCGGAGAUCGACGCCGACCCAUUCGAAACACAAACCUACAGGAUCCUGUACAAGCGGCUGGCGCGCAACCAUCGACCAGAACCAAUAGACACGGAGAUAACCAGCCACAUAACCACUACUUUCAACAGCUUGAAACAACUGGUGUCUAAACUCCCGUGA